AUGGUUGCAGCUACUGGAAGAGUAACGACGAAAGUGGAUGUGUAUGCAUUUGGAGUGGUUCUUAUGGAAAUAUUAACUGGAAGGAGAGCUUUAGAUGAUUCAUUACCAGACGAGCGAUCUCAUCUAGUAACAUGGUUCAGAAGAACGCUAAUCAACAAAGAAAACAUCCCCAAGGCGCUCGACCAAACCUUAGAGGCCGACGAGGAAACAAUGGAGAGCAUUCACAGAGUUGCUGAGCUUGCAGGACACUGCACAGCCCGAGAACCUCAACAAAGACCAGACAUGGGCCACGCGGUAAACGUGCUAGGUCCACUAGUAGAGAAAUGGAAACCGUCGUGCCAAGAAGAAGAAGAGAGUUUCGGGAUCGAUGUGAACAUGAGUUUACCUCAAGCUUUACAGAGAUGGCAAAACGAAGGAACAUCAUCAUCGACAAUGUUCCAUGGAGACUUCUCUUAUUCUCAGACACAGACUAGUAUUACUCCAAAGACCUCUGGUUUUCCUAACACGUUUGAUUCAGCUGAUGGUCGGUGACACCAAACUUUGUGUCGAUCUGUGUUAAAUCGGUGUUACUAAGUUUUUUCGUUC